GUAUCCUUCCAAGUAAAUCGCGUGCUGCACUGCUAUCACACGCCCGGAAAUCCAAAAAAUCGUCGAUAAUUUGUUCAAAAAUUCACGACAAUGUCGGCAAUUAGUUUGUUAAAUCCCAAAGCUGAGCAUGCCAGAGCGGCGCAAGCGUUAGCUAUCAAUACUUCGGCUGCCAAAGGACUUCAAGAUGUAAUGAAAUCCAACCUAGGACCCAAAGGCACUAUGAAAAUGUUGGUAUCCGGAGCCGGUGACAUCAAAAUCACAAAGGACGGCAAUGUUCUGCUACAUGAAAUGCAAAUUCAACAUCCCACAGCAUCUCUCAUUGCAAGAGCAUCCACAGCUCAAAAUGAUAUUACAGGAGAUGGUACAACAAGUACUGUCCUCCUUAUCGGUGAGCUGCUCAAGCAAGCUGAUGUUUACAUCUCAGAAGGUAUGCAUCCCAGGAAAGUAGUAGAUGGCUUCAACCUUGCAAAAGACAAAGUUUUGGCUGUCUUGGAAAGUAUCAAAAUAGCCAUUGAGCCAACUAGAGAUAGCCUCUUGGAUAUUGCCAAGACUGCAUUGAGAACCAAGAUUCACCCUACACUAGCUGACAAACUCACUAAUAUUUGCGUCGAUGCUGUACUUACCAUCAAACAGGAGGACAAGUCUAUAGAUCUUCACAUGGUUGAAAUCAUGGAAAUGCAACAUAGAACUGCUUCUGACACUACCCUUGUCAAAGGUCUUGUGCUGGAUCAUGGAUCAAGACACCCCGAUAUGCCUAAGAAAUUGAAUAAUGCUUAUAUUUUGACGUGUAACGUUAGCUUGGAGUAUGAGAAAACUGAAGUCAAUAGUGGUUUCUUCUACAAAACAGCAGAAGAAAGAGAGAAAUUAGUAAAUGCAGAGCGAGAGUUCAUUGAUAACAGAGUUAAGAAAGUCAUUGAGUUGAAGAAAAAGCUGUGUCCUAAUGGUUCAGGCAAAAGCUUUGUCCUCAUCAAUCAGAAAGGCAUAGAUCCUCAGUCAUUGGAUAUGCUAGCUAAGGAAGGCAUUAUAGCACUGAGACGUGCUAAGAGAAGGAAUAUGGAGAGAUUGACUCUUGCUUGUGGUGGAAUUGCUAUGAACUCUUUUGAUGAUAUGACUGAGGAGUGUGUGGGUUAUGCUGGUGCUGUUUACGAGCACGUUCUUGGAGAGAAUAAGUAUACCUUUGUUGAGGAUUGCAAGAAGCCUAACUCUGUGACUAUACUAUUGAAGGGCCCUAACAAGUACACUUUGGUGCAGUUGAAAGAUGCGGUUUACGACGGUCUUAGAGCAGUCAAAAAUGCUAUCGACGACGGCGCUGUAAUUCCUGGAGCUGGUGCUUUCGAGGUUGCGGCUAACAAUGCUCUUCAAGAAUAUAAAAACGAAGUCAAAGGCAAAGCUCGCCUUGGUAUCCAAGCUUAUGCCGAAGCACUGCUUAUUGUUCCUAAGACCUUAGCUGUGAAUAGUGGUUUUGAUACGCAAGAAACGAUCGUCAAAUUGCAAGAAGAACUAAGAGCAUUAAAUCUACCUGUUGGUUUGGAUAUCUCAUCUGGAGAAGCCAUGGAUCCCAAAGUAACAGGCAUUUACGAUAACUACAUCGUGAAAAAGCAAAUAAUUAAUUCCUGUACCAUUAUUGCCAGUAAUCUUUUACUUGUGGAUGAAAUAAUGAGAGCAGGUUUAUCGUCUCUGAAAGGUUAAUUCACUCAAUCGUUAAAAAGAACAUAUUCGCUUGAUUUUUUUUUAACAAAUCAUUUUUAUGUUGACACCAGCAAAAGUUUUCACGUAUUAAUCGAAUUGAAUGACGGUAUAACUCAUAGCUUUUUACUCUAUAUUUGUACUUCACAAGUUUAAGAAUAAAAAUAUUUCUUACAA